GAAUGCAAGUAUAAAAUGUCAUUGGAAAUCGAGAUGCUUAUGCAGAAAGUACUUGGAGCCAAAAUGAGACUGUUGAUCCUGGCGGUGGGCGUGGUGUGCUCGGCGCUGGCUGAGGAGCAGAUAGCUCUGAAUUACCACGAGAACUACGGAAUCCCUGUAGCAACCAGCAUCAAGCGGUCGGAAGAGGCUGGAGAUUUCGACGGAGCCAGGAUUGUGGGAGGAUGGGCGGCAGCGCUAGGUGAUCAUCCCCAUUUGGGCGGUCUGCUCAUCACGUUAACCAGCGGUGCGACCUCAGUGUGCGGCUCCUCUCUCCUGACCAACACACGAGGCCUCACCGCGGCGCACUGCUGGUGGGACGGGCAAAACCAGGCGCGCCAGUUCACCGUCGUUCUCGGCUCCCUGAUGCUGUUCUCUGGCGGCACCCGGGUGGUGACCUCGUCUGUGGUGCUCCACUCCAGCUACAACACCAAUAACCUUAACAACGAUGUGGCUAUCAUUAAUCUGCCCUGGAUAAACUAUAACAACAAUGUCCAGCCGGUCAGUCUGCCAGUUAACCAGGUGAACAACAACUUCGCGGGGACCGCAGCCUGGGCAGCUGGCUACGGACGCAGGUGGGACUCUCAGCAGAUCGUGAACGGCCAAUACCUGAGCCACGUGCAGCUGACUGUCAUCACCAAUGCGGUGUGCGCGAACACUUACGGCACCAGCACGGUGGUGGGCUCCACGCUGUGCACCAGCGGUACCGCACUGCAGGGCACCUGCCAGGGCGACUCCGGCGGCCCACUCUGGCUGUGGAAUAACAACCAACGUGUCCUAAUCGGUGUGACGUCAUUUGUGGCCGCCCGCGGCUGCCAGUCCGGUCUACCAGCAGGGUUCGCACGCGUCACCUCCUUCAUAUCUUGGAUCCAGGCUCGACUCUGAACGCCGAUACUUAACGGACCUGAUAGCAACUGUUUAUGCAGUGAACAGCUUUAUUAAUUGGAAUGUCUGAUCCCUAUAACCUGGAGCCCUGAAUUGUUACUAACUAGCCGCUCAGUUAUUAGCAACAUGUUGUCAGAGUGACCUCCACGCGGUUCAUCCUUGGUAUUAACUUAGGCAUUUACUGGGUACAGAGGAAUAACACUUGAGUACUCAGGAAUGGCAACGCAUGGGGGGUAUCAUGGGCGAAACAGUAUACUCUGUUUUGUCCAUGGUACUGCUCAUACCUAUAGGCGACGGUUAUCACUUUCCAUCAGGUGGGCCGUCAGCUUGUUUGCCAUUCUAAGUUGUAUAAAAAAAAGGCAAUUCACAAUGUGCCAACUGACCUGACGUCAUCUCACUCAUCAUUGUUCACUGGUACCCCAGGCUAGCAUAUACCGAUAGUGCAGGCCAGGUUACCAUUCCAUUAUCAUCCAUUAAUUAAAAAAGCCUGGGAUAUAAUAUGAUAUCCGUAUAAUAUAGCUGUUUUCUAUAUAAUCAGUUCCAAAUCAUCUCUGAUGAAGAUUACCUGCUGUUAUUUUUGAUAAUUUUAAUAAAUAUUUUCAAUUAAA